CGGAUCACAUGACAUCCCCACACUGCAUGCACUUUGGUAUUAUAAUGUUUUCAGUACCACCAACCAUUGUCUUGUUCCACAGUUAAUAGGAAAGAUCCAUGUUGUACUACUUCAACAAAUUAAAAUUGUUGUCAAGCUGUGGGACUUACGAUCCAAGUGGUGGUUGUGGUAGUGUUUUGGUUCGGGUUUUCGAAAUCUGUAAUUCGAAAAAGUGAGGAGCUGCUGUGGAGCAGAACAAGCUAGCCUUUGCUAACAAGUCGGGACAGCCGCGAGGCCUCAUCUGGACCGGGAACUCGGUGGAGCCAUGGCCAACAUAGCAGUCCAAAGGAUAAAACGGGAGUUCAAGGAGGUGCUUAAAAGCGAAGAGACCAGCAAAAACCAGAUAAAGGUCGAUCUGGUGGAUGAAAACUUCACAGAACUUAAGGGGGAAAUCGCAGGGCCCCCAGAUACACCAUAUGAAGGAGGUAGAUAUCAACUUGAAAUUAAAAUUCCAGAGACAUAUCCAUUUAAUCCACCCAAGGUGCGGUUUAUCACAAAGAUCUGGCAUCCCAAUAUCAGCUCAGUAACAGGUGCAAUAUGUUUGGACAUUCUUAAAGACCAGUGGGCAGCAGCGAUGACAUUGAGGACGGUCCUCUUGUCUUUGCAAGCUUUACUGGCGGCUGCAGAGCCAGAUGACCCGCAGGAUGCAGUGGUAGCCAAUCAGUACAAGCAGAAUCCAGAGAUGUUUAAACAGACAGCGAGACUCUGGUCUCACGUGUAUGCAGGCGCUCCAGUCUCCAGUCCGGAGUACACACGCAAAAUAGACAAACUCUGUGCCAUGGGCUUUGAAAAAAAUGCAGUAAUAGUGGCUUUGUCAUCAAAAUCCUGGGAUGUGGAGACGGCGACAGAGCUCCUGCUCAGUAACUGAAAAUUGGCGCCCACUUCAUCUGAGUCUUGAACCCCAUUUUUCUCUCUUCACACACGCAAACACACACAGACACAAACACAACUUUUCUCUUCCAAGUUUCCGCUGUUUGACAGCAGACUCGCCUCCACUCCUCCCCGGUUCGCCCAUCCUCACACAUCUGCUGUACCACACUCCAAUCAUCUGCUCUGUGAGCUUUUACCUCCGUUCUCAUUCAUGUUCCGCUCGGUUCUACAAUCAGAAGAAACUCAUGUCACCUCCUUUGAAGCAAAGUCCAGAAUAAACCCACAUCUGUCCCUGAAUCUCCCGGCUUUUUUGGUUCAGUCCAAGAAGCAGCUGUCAUCAGCUUAUUCUUGCCUAUGCAGUGCAUAUUUUUCAUCUUUGGUCACAGUUUUUUUUUAUUUUUUAGGAGUGAGCCAAGAGAUUUCAUAUUUUGGUAAUCUAGUCCAGACUGAUGUUAGAUCAUACCAUUUUUAAAGGUACAUCUAUUUUUUUUUACGUUUGAAAUCAUUACUUGUUUUUCAAUGCUACACAUGUGGUGGUUGAAAACUUGGGCACCCCUUGCUAUUAUAGCAAAAAUAUUGCAUUGUGGACAAUUUUAGGAAAACGGAUUAUCCCCCGAUUGUCCUUUUAUGCAUGAACUAACCACACAAUCCAUCGCACCAUGUGUCAUGCAGGUUGGCUUUUUCCAUAACCUAAAGACUCAUUCUCAAAGCAUAUUCAAGGUGUUCCCUCAGCAGCAGUGAUGGUCGCCUCCAAACGUGGAGAUGCUUACUUCUACACCUGUUGUUGACAUAUUUUUUUCUCUUAAAUGUCAACACCACAUCUAAAGUAUUAUAUUAUUUUGCCCUUAAACCUACAAUGAUUUUGGUAGAUUUUUUUUUCAACAGAGAAGAAACAAACCCAUCCUCCUCUGCAGCAACACAACCUGUGACCAGUCUGGAUGUCAACUGUUCAAAAUGAGUUUGAAUGCAUCAUCUUAAUCACACAAACAGAUAAAUGUCAAUGAUCCAUCUGUAAAUAAAGAUAUUAAAAUCAGUGUAAAUUAA